CCACCACCACCACCACCGCUACCACUGCCACCAUGCACCACCACCACCACCACUGCUACCACCACCACCUCACCACUGCCACCACCACUGCCACCACUCACCACCAAUACCGCCACCACCACUGCCACCACCACCACCGCCACCACCACCACCACCACCACCACCACCACCGCCACCGCCACCACCACCACCACCACUGCCACCGCCAUCACUACUGCUCACCACGGCCACCACCACCCUGCCACCACCACCACCACCGAGGAAAACUCUGUAGAUGCACCGAGCUGCGGAGGAAACACACUGCGGAGUGAACAACUGCAAGUCUGUCGUUGA